GGGAACUUGAAACAGUCUGACGGACAAAGGGGGAAAAGUCACGCAGUCGCUCCUGCGCGCAACAGAUACUCCUCUCAAAGUAUGCGAUUUACACUAGCUCGCGAGACUUUUUGUUUUCGAUUGGCAAAUAACAUGUCGCCAAAAGCGUAGUUUGUGGACUCCCGUUGUGUUCAGUGGAAGUUAGGCGAAACUUUCCGGGACAAUGCAGGCGAGUGGAAGUUUGUGUCUGUUUUUGGCACUGAUGUUGCCGUGCCGUUUCGUGGCGCCUGGACAGUAUCACGGAGAUAGCGGGAUAGCCCUUCCCGAACACGGCUUCUGUCAGCCCAUAACCAUCCCCCUGUGCACGGACAUCGCUUACAACCAAACCAUUAUGCCAAAUCUGGUCGGACACUACAACCAAGAGGAUGCGGGGCUGGAGGUCCACCAGUUUUACCCGCUGGUCAAGGUACAGUGCUCUCCUGAACUCAAGUUCUUUCUGUGCUCCAUGUAUGCACCGGUGUGCACGGUUUUGGAGAAAGCCAUCCCGCCAUGCCGCUCCAUUUGUGAGAGGGCAAAGCACGGCUGCGAGGCCCUCAUGAACAAGUUUGGCUUCCAGUGGCCAGAGCGGCUGAGAUGUGAACAUUUCCCCGUGCUGGGAGACGGACACAUCUGCGUGGGCCAGAACGACUCCGUGGCUACAGUGUCGCCCGUUCACAUGCCCGUCCCAGGAACACCCAGCAUUCAGCUGUUCUCCUCACCAGACAAGCCCUUCCGCUGCCCGUCAGUGCUCAGGGUGCCUUCCUACCUCAGUUAUAAGUUCCUGGGCGAGCUGGAUUGCGGUGCUCCGUGUGAGUCCUCCAGAACACAUGGGGCUUAUAUGUUCUUCACGGACCAGGAGAUUGAAUUCGCACGGAUUUGGAUCCUCAUCUGGUCCGCUCUCUGCUGUGCAUCCACGUUAUUCACCGUUACCACGUAUUUAGUGGACAUGCAGCGUUUUAAGUACCCAGAACGUCCUAUUAUUUUCUUGUCCGGCUGCUAUACCAUGGUUUCCAUUGCGUAUAUCGCUGGUUACUUUCUUGGGGACAAAGUGGUGUGCAACGAGAGCUUUUUUCCCGACAGCUAUAAAACCAUCGUUCAAGGUACGAAGAAAGAAGGGUGUACGAUUUUGUUCAUGAUGCUGUAUUUCUUUAGUAUGGCGUCUUCGAUUUGGUGGGUCAUCCUGUCUCUCACUUGGUUCCUGGCGGCUGGUAUGAAAUGGGGCCAUGAGGCUAUCGAAGCCAAUUCACAGUACUUUCACCUGGCCGCCUGGGCCGUUCCAGCUGUAAAGACUAUUAGCAUCCUGGCCAUGGGACAAAUCGAUGGAGACGUGUUAAGUGGCGUCUGCUUUGUGGGCCUGAACAAUCUGGAUCCCUUGAGGGGCUUCGUGUUGGCACCUCUCUUCAUCUACCUCUUCAUUGGCACCUCGUUCCUGCUCGCCGGCUUCGUGUCCCUGUUUCGUAUCCGCACCAUCAUGAAGCACGACGGCACCAAGACCGAGAAGCUGGAGCGCUUGAUGGUCCGCAUAGGUGUGUUUUCGGUUCUCUACACCGUCCCGGCCACCAUCGUCAUCGCUUGCUUUUUUUACGAGCAGGCCUUCAGGCAGCACUGGGAGAAGAGCUGGAUCAGUACGAAGUGUAAGAGCCUGGCCAUCCCCUGCCCCAUGCAACCCACUCCUCACAUGACCCCCGACUUCACCGUCUUCAUGAUCAAGUACCUCAUGACUCUCAUUGUAGGGAUCACUUCGGGAUUCUGGAUCUGGUCGGGGAAGACGCUGCAGUCUUGGAGGAAGUUCUACACACGAUUGACCAGUGGCGGACAAGGGGAGACCACCGUUUGAAACGGGAAAUCGGGGGCCGGGUUUUCGGGGG